UUCUCCUCUCUGGACCAACUCAUGAAGAACAAGGGUGGAAAGUCGAAGUUCAAGAGGAAAGGGUCUACUGGAGGAUUUGGCUGUGAUCUCACUGAGUAUUUGGAGUCCUCAGGACAGGAUGUUCCCCUUGUGCUGAAGAGUUGCGCGGAGUUUAUCGAGACCCACGGAGUGGUGGACGGGAUCUACCGCCUGUCCGGAGUGACGUCAAACAUACAGAAGCUAAGGCAGGAGUUUGGCUCGGACCAGUGUCCAGACCUGACCAGAGAAGUCUAUCUCCAGGACAUUCACUGCGUGGGGUCGCUGUGCAAACUCUACUUCCGGGAGCUUCCUAACCCUCUCCUCACCUACGAGCUCUACAAGAAAUUCACAGAUGCGGUAUCAUGCUCCGUGGAGGGAGAACAAUUGGCGAGAAUACAGAGCGUCAUCCAAGAGUUACCCCCGUCCCAUUACAGGACUCUGGAAUACCUGAGCAACCACCUGACUAACAUAGCGUCGCACAGCUCCAUGACAAACAUGCACAUCCGAAACCUGGCGCUCGUCUGGGCGCCCAAUCUGCUCAGGUCAAAAGAGAUAGAAGAUGCCGGAUGUAACGGCGACGCGGCGUUCCUCGAGGUGCGGGUACAACAGGUGGUCAUUGAGUUCAUCCUCAACAACGUGAAGCAGAUCUUUAAGAAGAACGGAACGCCAUCGCCCGAGCUGUGUCCGAGGGACGAGUGUAGAGUGAUGAAGAGUAUGACCUUGCCGUCUGGAUCUCUGCCCAUGAAACUGGUCAGCUUGAAGGAAGCUCAAGCCAUGAGUCUGUCGGCCACACAUCCCGCCCGCAAGGAGAGGAGGGAAAACAGCCUGCCGGAGAUUGUCCCCGUCACCGGAACCCUAUUCCACACGGUCAUCGAUCUACCUGAAAACAAGAGGAAACUUUCCACCAAGUCAAAGAAAUGGAAAUCUAUAUUUAAUCUGGGGCGCUCCGAGUCCAAAUCCAAGCUGAGCCGCAACGGAAGCGUCUUUGUGCGAGGGCAGAAGGAAGGGAACGAGAAAGCCACCAUUCGUCCCGCCAAAAGUAUGGAUUCUCUGUGCUCCCUGCCGGCAGACGGGGAAGAGGAGAAAGUCAGCCGAUUCAAGCGGUCGGUGGGGACCGGAGGCUUCUUCAUACCGAUGUCAAAGUCCCGAGCCACCGGCAGCGCAAGCACUUACGACGUCAGGAAACCGGAGAGCGAAUACAGCACGGAAGAAAUUACUGGCGCUACGGGAGGUUCACCGUCCAACCACGACAGAUCCAAUCCCAAAACCCCCCAAGCGAAGCCCCCACCCGAGCAGAUGAAGGUCUUCCGAGUUGAAGACGAAGCGGAGAACGAGCAGAUCUCCCCAAAAGUCAGGAAGUUGUUUUACGCUUCCAGCGACGGAGCCGCCAAAUCCAGUUUCCCCGCCAGCCUUUUUCCCUUGGAAGCUUCUCCCAGACACCAGAGGAAAGCCAUCAACAUCUCGGAACCGUUUGCCGUGUCGGUGCCACUCCGAGUGUCCGCCGUCAUCAGUAACAACAGCACCCCCUGCAGAGGAACCUCGAAAGAACGCCCGCUCCUGUCCAGCUUGGAAGAAUUACCUUUGUUAGAGCCGAACGCGGGGGCCAAAUCCCCAGUUUUGGACCUACUGAGCAAUCCUGCUUCAAAAGACAAAGCUCCUGCGCCAAACUCUGGCGGGGAGGCAGCUCAGGAGGGACCGAAGCAGCCGUGCCCAAAAGAUUUAGAUUCUCAAAACCCGACAGGUUCCAUGUUAGAUGACGCAACCAAGUAUAUCUGGGAAGGAUCCCCGGAGAGGACGGAAGUUGAGGGCGCAGGCUCUGGCCCUCUGUCGGAAAGCAGGUCAAACGAACUCGUGUCAAUCAGUGAGCUGGAGAAAGUAUUAAGCUUGGAGUCGAAUGGCCCAGAGACGGUCGGCACUCGGCAGAGAGAGACCUCGGGGAGCGACAGCGAGGAGCUGUUUGACAACGAUCAGGACGACGAUGCUUCCAUCACCCUGAUAGAUCCUUUAUGGACCGAUUUACAACAAGAGCUGAAGAUAAUUGAAUCAGAAGAGCUUCCAGUACCGUCAGACUACGCAUCGGAGAUCAGCCAAGUUCCGUCGCCAUCUGGCCGGAUCGAAGAGGCGCCUGGUUCUUUCAAACCAAACGCCCAUUCGGAUAGAUCUAGCAAUGACCUUCCUGUACCCGAAAGUAAUCAUACCGAUAUUUUUAAUUCCCUAAUACUGGUUCAUGUCGGUUUGGAAGACGAAAACGGAAACGAAAAGGAAGAAUCGAAGUCUUUGGGUCAACGAGAACUGGAAAAAUUGAUGACACCAUCUUCUCCUGGUGUUACCCACAGCUGCAGCACUGAUGUUCCUCUACCUCAAGAGAUACCCCAAUAUGUGGAACAAGAAGAACCUUUUAUUAGUGUUAGAGAUGUAUGGCAAAGUCCUCACCCAUCGUCGAUGGAUCAGAAGGAUAAGGGUCGAGGCUUUACUGAAAAGGAAAAAGAUGGUAAUUUGCAGGUUGCUCCCAACAUUGACUCGGUCAACAGAGAAGAAGACUCGAAAGUAAAGAGUACUCAGAGGAAAUCGAAUGAGUCUUUGGAAAAUGAAGAAGAUAUUGAGACAGAUGGCAUACAUGCGUUCGAACUGGAGGAGGUUUGGGAAGAUCAUCAAUGGGUGACGAGUCCUUUACACUCUCCAAAGUUAAAGAACGUUCUAGAGAACGACACCCAAAUGAUACAGCCUAAGAGGAGAGGAACAACCGGGGAACUUUAUAAGAGGCCAGAGUUUACUCGAAGUUUGUCGCUGGAUAGUAAAGACACUCGUACCAGUCAAUGGACGCUUAGACAUACAGCGCUGGGCAAAGCUGACGGGGUUCUUCAUGUAAGGUCAGAAACCAAUAACUUAUUGAAACCGGUUUUACAAAAUGACCCGGCCCAACUCGGCCAGAAAUCUUUCAAACGCCCCGAGUUACCGGUGUUUGGGAAAAAGAACGAGUCCCGAGAAGUGCAAGAAACGUCUGAAGGGCAACAGAUCCAGCCUGUUUUAGAUACCUGCUGCGUGAAGAACAAGGAGUCACCAAGCUCCAAACGGCUGUUACCUGCGUCGCCCGUAAAUUCUGCUGAAGGUUCUUCCAAAGCGCCAAGUGGGAAUAACUUAGAAACCAUUUACAAUCCAGAGAAAUCGGUAAAAAUCAGCACCGGUAGCAAUGAAGAUGCGGUUGGGAAGUCCAAAACCAGACCUUCAUCUUUGACACUGGAUCCCUCCAUUACAACAGGCGCUCAUUUUCCACUUGAAAAGGCGCAUUCUGCAAGCACUGUUCAAGGUCAACCAAUGGAGCCAACGAACGCAGGCUCAAAAUUAUCCACAUCUGAAAGAUCGACGCACGUGACAGAGUGGAAAGAUGAAUCCUGGAAGCUCCAGCCUCGCUUACAAACCCAGGCUCCGGAGCUGGAGUCCACGCCGUCUACUCAUGGUCCAUCAGGUCGUCGGAACUCUGCGCCGGUGAGCGUGUCAGCAGUGAGAGCCUCUUUCAUGAUAAAAAUGUGCCAGGCUAAAGCUGUGCCUGUGAUCCCCCCUAAAGUUCAGUACACCCAAAUCCCCCAGCCCUUACAGACUGUAAACGUCGAUUGUGAAGUUUCUCCACCUGAGAAGAAACAUACGGCGGCGGCGCCUUCGGAUUGUAACUCUACUCCACAGCAAGCUGUAUCAUCGAGCACGGGGUGCAAUGACGUUCCACAGAGUCCAAAACCCGAGAAGAAAGCCAUAGAGGAGAAGGAGAACAAUGACCCAGUCUCAUCAGACUCUUUCCCGUUUAGCAGUUUAAACUCAACCUCAGACAGCAACCAUGUUCCUGCCCAAGAGCAUCCCGUCCUACGUCGGAAGCGCACCUCUGAUGGGGAAUCUACUGCAGACACCCCCUGGUCUUCCAAAAUUGAGCGAUCUUCAGGAAUAUCAAAGACUUCUUUCAGGUCCAGACCAGGAAGGCCUCAAAGCCUCAUUCUCUUUAGUCCACCGUUCCCAAUUAUGGACCAUCCUUCCCCGGCCGACUCGAAAAUCAUGUUCACGCCUUUAAAGAACCCGUGUCAGGCGUCCUCUCAAGAGACAACGCCUGAAAACCAGAGGACCCCCGACGGAGUCAUUCUCAGGAACAAACUGACAAUCCCCAAAAACGGCCAGCGAUUAGAAACGUCCACCAGCUGUUUCUAUCAACCGCAGAGAAGAUCUGUAAUCCUCGACAGCCGAAGCGGAAGGCAGAUAGAAUAGUGACUGCGCGAGACGUC